AUGGAACAGGCUCUAGGUUUAGGCCUCAACGGCGUUAAUCUUGCCAUCACACACCAGGACAAGGUGAUUGACCCUCUGCAUCGCAGAUACAAGAAAAUCCGUGGCCAAGUGCCUCAACCCGAUCCCGCUCUUUUCGACAAACGCACAAUGGAAGAGAAAGGCCUCGUUCUACGCCGUCGCCGUGAUGUGGCCUCGGACGAAGAGAUUGUCGAGGUGGUGAGGCACAAGGGAGACAUUCUGCCACGACGACCUACUCGGUCGGGGCAACAACGUCAAAGAGCCAGCUCUAUGCACAAUGGUCGAGACAUGGGUGCAGGCGCGGCCGCAGGCGCCGGUGCAGGGGCCCUCGUGGCAUACCGCGACCGUGAUCGUGACAGAGACAAUUACUACGACUCCGAGGGCUCGGUGCCUCCACGCUCGCGCGUUCGAGCAAAGUCCUCCUCCGGUCGCUCUCGACGCCGCCGAAGCUCUUCAAGCUCCUCCUCAUCCUCGCUGCUCUCUUCCACCGAGGAAGAGAAGAACAUCCGCAAAAUGCAACGCAAGAAAUGGCUCACCGCCGCUCUGGCAAGUGUGGCCACCAUCCACGCCGCCUCCAAAGUCUAUUCUUCCAUCGAGUCGCAUGAUAAACGAAUGGAAAAAGUUCGCGAGGGGAAAAUGUCCCCGGAGGAAGCCCACAAGCAGCAACGCGCAUCUCGGUGGCAAGAUGCCGCCGCCAUUGGGAUUGCCGCGUUGGGCCUCAAAGGUGCGGUGAGCGAGUGGAAUGAGCUGUCCGAGGAGCACAAUCACCACAAAGAAAUGCUUUCGUUGAAGGAAGAGCAUCACAAGAAGCGCAUGGAGCGCGAGAGACGCAGGCGCGCAAGGGAACGGGGAGGGUACUACAAGGGACGGGAUGGCAAGUGGUACUACGACGGCCCCGAGCCACAGAGCAGUGAAAGUUACCGUGGAAGCCGUGCUAGCGGCGGAGCAGGUGGCCCUUACGACGACGACCGGGCGAUCAGAGACUCGAAUCGCGCGAGAAAGAUGUAUGACGAAGAUAGGGACUUUGAUGAUUACGAUAGCAGGAGAUCCAGGUCUCGGCGUGCGGUGAGUCGCGGUCGUGCCAGCGACUACUGA